CGAAGUUAUUCCUGAAAAAAUUAAGAAACUGAGUGUAAAAAUAAAUAAAGUUAAUGAAAACGAAUUUCUUCCAGAAAAACCUAAAAAACAAGACACAAAACAAAUUGAAUUUCAAUUUAAAGAGCCAGAAAUUCGGUUAUCGCCAGUUAAAACAAUCAAAAUAUUUUCACAUCAGUCAAAUGUUUUCACACCAGGUGAUGAAACUACCGAUGAUGAAGGAGACAUUCCAUUAGCGCAGCGUUUUGGAAUAAGUAAAAUUGGAAGCACAAAUUCAAACAACACUGAAACUAAGGUAAUCGAAGAUAAAACUAAUGAAGUUAAAAAAAUAGUAGAAGAAACUGUUGAUGAAGACUCAGAUAAAACAGAUGUAAGUUCUACGGCUGAAGAAAAUUUGUCUGAUAAAGAUUCGGAAAAUAAAAAACGUCGAGGUCGUCCAAAAAAGAAAGACGUUAUUAGCGAUGAAGAUUAUCAAUUUCCUCGUCGAAUUACACGGCGAAGUAAUUCUUCAAUUGUUUCAUCAUCAAUUUAUGGAAGUUUUGAGGAUGUGGCGGGAGAAAUAAUACAAGAUCAACCAACACAAAUAACAACUGAAAAUCCUGUGGAAUCUACAACAAAUGCCAAUGUAGUUUUGAGUAACAUUUUGGUUGAAAAUAAUCAAAACAUAGAAAAUUUAGAGCAAAUUGAUAAUAAAAAAACAGAUAAAAAAAUAGAAAAAUUGUCAAUUAAAACCGGGGAAAAAUUAAAAACACAAGAAAAUGAAUUUGCACCAGUUGAUGAAGUUGAUGCGCCUGUUGUUACGAAUUAUAAUGAAGAAAAUGCUUUAAAAUCGGAAGUUGAAAAGGGUACGAUAAUUCAUAAAUUAAAGAAACCAAGAAAAAUAUCAAUGCCCCCACCACCACCUCCGCCUCCAGCACCAAAAGAAUGUGAAGAAAAUUUGCGAAUGCGAAUUACGUUUAAGAAAGUUUCAAAAUUGAAUUCAACAAUUGGAUUACAAUUAACAGAUUUUGAAAAUGUUCAGAUUAUCACGACACCAAAAGCUGAUACUAUCCAUUCAGCACAGAAAUCGACUGCCACCGCAACUCCUUCAAAAUCCGUAUCGCAUAAUCCAGAUGAGGAAACAGAUGAAGAAAGGAGUCUUCCAUUAGCUGAACGUACAUUCUUACAAAAACCAAAAUUACCAUCAAAUACCGACGAUAAAAAUGUAUUUCAAUUUAAACAGCCUGGAUUACCAUUUAGUCGAGCUAAACGACGAAAUACACUACCAGCUGUUUUUAGUGCGGUUGAUGAGACCACAGAUGAAGAAGCUGAUGUCCCAUUAGCUCAACGUUUUGGUAUUAAAAAACCUGUGUUCAAUUCAAACGCCGCUGAAGAAACAGAAGACGAGGAUAGAAUUAUACCAUUGGCUGAACGUCUUGAAAAAUUACGUAAGAAAACUGAAAUUCCUUCCUAUAAGAAUUCAUCAGCAGCUGAAGAAACCGAAGAUGAAGACAGAAUUAUACCAUUAGCUGAACGCUUAGCUAAAUUAAGACAACUUCAAGUGGCCAAAUCUUUACACAUGAAAUUACCCGAUCCAGCAGAUGAAACUGAAGAUGAAGAUAGAAUUUUACCUUUAGCUGAACGUAUAGCCAGAGAAAAUAAAAAACAAUUAGAAACUGAAUCAUUGAAGACAAAAAUAAAUCUCAAAAAAUUACCUGUUGAUCCAGCUGAAGAAACCGAAGAUGAAGAAAGAAUUAUACCGUUAGCUGAACGAAUUGCUAAGUUAAAUAAAGCAUGGCAAGAAUCAGAAGCUCCGAAACCAACACCUAUUGCUGCAAUUCCUAAUCCAGCGGAUGAGACGGAAGAUGAAGAAAGAAUUAUACCCUUAGCGCUAAGAAUUGCAAAGAAAAAAGAAACGGUGGCGGAUGCUUUUCAAUUUAAAGAACCUGAAAUUCCUGAAUUAUUACCAUACCAGAAAAAACGUAAAACUGUAGUACCACCAGCAAUAUUUACACCAGCUGAUGAAACGACAGACGAAGAAGGUGAUGUGCCAUUAGCGCGUCGAUUCGGUCUACCAAAACCGUUGGAAGAAAAUAUAAAAAAACGUAAAAAUAGCUUAGAUGAAUCAUCUUCAACAAAACUUGAAAUUACCGAACUACAAAGUCGAAAACGGAGAAAGUCUUUAUCGACAACAUUAGAUAUAAACGAACCAAGUAUCGAUUGUACAAAAAUACAUGUGGAAAAUACCGAAAAAUCUAAGACGAUAGACGUUUUUGAUUUUAAUGAACCAGAUAGUCCUGUUUCAAAUUCUCUUGGUGAUGUUCGAAAUAAAUCGAAAAUACAAAAUAUCGAAGAACUAUCUAAUAAAAUUAACUCAAAAUUACCAACAAAAAUAAUAAUUGAAACCACACCAAAGAAAAUUACAACAAAACUUCAUGCGGACAAACAGAAAAAAUCAUCAGUCAAGAAAAUAUUUAAAAUACGAAAGAAACGUCGUAAAGGUAAAUUGAAAUUUACAAAUCGACGAUAUAAGAAAGUACUUUCAAAAAUAAUUAUCGAAGAACCAGAAAUUAUUGAACACAUACCAGAAAUUGAAGCACCAAUUCCUAUUGAAGAAAGUAUUAAGAAUACUCCAGAUUUUGAAUCGAUCGAUACAAUACGUUCAAUCACUCCACCAAUUGUUGAGAAUGAUAAUUUAGAAAAAACAACAGAAAAUAUUGAGGAUGAUGAUGAAGCGUCCAGAAAUUCUAGCCUUGGUGGUGGUGAUGAUGGUUUUGACAAUCGUACUGAUGUAAGUUCACUAUCGGAUACUACUGUGCCUGAACCGUCUGAAGCAGUUAUUUUAGAACGGCAUUCUCCAUUACUAUUACGAAUCAAAACCAACUUCAAAGCAAAAGGUAAACGUGGGCGUCCACCAGUUAAAAAAAUUUCAAUAGCUGUCGAUAAUACAGAAAAUUAUUGUGAAAUUUGUAAUAAACAUUUUUGUCGCGCUGAUAAUCUAAUCAAACAUAAGAUGACCUUUACACAUAUUGCAAAACUAUCUGAGCUUGAAGCAAAAGAAUCGGAAAAGCGUCGAUUAGAGGAACGACAAGAGGAAAAUGUGGAAGCAAUUCCUACAACAUCAUCAGGAGAUAAUAAAGAAAACAACACCACACCAUUAAAUGAUAACAAUAUGACCGACGAAGAUGAUGACGACGAUGUAUUUGAAGAAUCAUCAAAUUUUGGAAAUGAUGUAGCAAGUCGCGAUUUAGAUGAAUUAGCAAUGAAAUUCAUUGUACGAAAGAAUCGUCUUAUGGAUGACGAUUCCAUUGGUAACAGUGAUGAAGCUUCAUCAUCCACAGAUGCUUUCAACCUUGGAAAUGGUGUGAAUUAUCCCGAUUUAGUAACAUCACAUCAACCAAAACGAUAUCGUAGUUUAGGUGAACGCAAGAGUUUUGAUUCGAAUCAAUCAAUUUUAUCACCAGAUCAUCAAUUACUAGAGGAACAAAACUCACCACAAAUACCUGAUUCAAUUAUCCAAGAAGAUGAUGAAGACGAAGAUAACGAAUCAAAUCAUGAAAUUGAACCAUCCACAUUUGAAAUCCCUCCAACUCAAGAACAAUCACGUCCAAAAUCACAAAAUAAUGUUGUUUUUGAUUAUCUAAAGAAGUCAUCCGAUCAUCCGACGUCAUCAACCUUUGAAUUCAUAUCACAAACAAAUCAAUUUGAAGAGAAUUUCACCCGUAAAAAGUUAAAUCGCGAUGAAGAAUUGUUUUUGGAAUGUUGUAGUUUAUUGAAAAACAAUUCAAAAUCGCGUAAAAUAUUCGACGGGCGAAAUAAUGAUUUACAACCACAAAGUUCGUCACAUCAUGUGAUUGCGAAUAGUGUGGAAGAAUCAACAGCAGCAAGAAUUGAUGAUUGGUCUAAUUCGAAUUCCGUUGCAUCUGAUUGGUUAUCACAAAAAGGUGGUUCAACAACUUCCAAUAAUAAUACGUCUUUCAAUAAGAGAGGACAAUCGACGAAUAUGUCUUCAUUUAAAUUCAACACAAUGUCCAAUACCGCUGUAGAUGAUGUUGAUGGUACUGUGAAGAAUAAACCACAGAAUUUUGAAGAAAUUCCAUUUAAAUCGAUGGCUCUCAAUGUUAAUGAAUAUAUGGACUUUAGUAAUAUUAACGUGAAUCAAGGCUCAGAACAUCAAAAAGAUUCAAGUAAAGAGAAAGAUGACUUUUCUGAAAUCAAUUCAUUGCUAUCAACGUCUUCGGAAACAUCUGUUGGAAGAAGUAGCAUUCAUGAUGAAAGAUCGUUAUCGAAUUCAACAACAUCAAAUGAGGAUAGUUUGAAUAACUCUGACGAUUUAUCCGAUUUUUGUGGAUCAAAACAAGAUGAUUCUACUGUUGAUUCAAAGAAAAUACCAACAAAAGGUGCAUUAAAAAUAUUUGAAGGUAUAAAAGUAUCAAUCCCAACACAAGAAAUCAAUUUAGCUGAAGUUUUAAGUUCAACACAAAAUAAAAUCUUACAAAUUGAUAAUCAACAACAAAAUAUCGACGAUUAUGACGAUGCAAAUAGCAAAAAGUUGCAUAGUACUAACAGUAACAGUAACAGUGUUGAUUCACACAGUCUAAAACUAUAUAAAAACGGUGUUGAAGUAUCACAAAGUAUAUUAAAAACGAAAAAAUCAUCAUCGUCUCAUAUUGACAAAGAUGAUGAAGAAGAAUCAACAACUAUUUUAUCAACAACCUCAUCAGCAAAACGUUCGGCGAACAAAUCUGGUACAAAAAAGAAAAUCACUAAAUCUGAUAAAAAAUCCACAGUAUCAACAGCAAAAACAAAAUCAACACAAAAAACAAAGGAUAUCUACGAUUUUGAAGAUUCCCAGGAUGAAUUUGAAGUUGAUCAACAAUUAAACUUUAAAACUUAUCGUGAUCAAAAAUUAUUCUCACCCAAUGAUACCAAAGAUGUUGAACCUCCUGCACCAGUUGAGGCAAACGUUGUUGAGAAUAAUUCCGAUAGCGAUGAUGAUCAUCAUGAUUACAUUGAUUCAUUCAGUGUUGAUGAAUCGUCGCAUUCCAGCGAUGAAGAAAAUACUGAAACAACAAAAAUUGAACCUCCACCUCAACAAAUAAAGAAAGCACAAAAUUCAGUAAAGGGUGUUAAAAAUGAAAAUAAAAAAGGUAUGAUUAUGGGACGAAUCUUUAAACAUGUUGUAAAAUCGAAAACGCCGGAAGUUGGUUCUUCACCAAAUACAAAAGACGCAAAUACUCUUUUUGACAAUUUAAUUGGGGAAAAAUCAAAUCAAGAAACUUUUCCUGAACCUAUUGCCGAACAACAACAAACGCCUGCUCCAGUUGUUAAGAAAGCACCUAGUGCAAAUAAAACAGGUAAAAAACCGGGUAAACGUACAAAACCAGCUGAUUCUAGUUCCGACGAUGAUUUCACUUUAACACGUAAACCAUCAAAGAAAAUUAAUCGUCGAAAGAAGGGUAAUACAAAUACAAAAGAUGAAAAUGAAUCAGGAAGCGGAAUUAACUUAGAACAAGAAAUUCGUGAAUGUAUUGGAGUUGCUGGACGUAAAAGUCAACGAAAAUGUACAAGCGGUAAACAAAAUAUUUUAGUUGAAUUUUGGAGUUCAGAUGAAAUGUCUGAUGGUGAGAAACGAAUAAAAGACAGUUCCGAAAAUAACGUUGUUGAUGAGAAUAAUGUAAAUAAAGAAAAUGAGAAAAUUGAAGAAAAUUUGAAUAAUAAACCUUUGUCAGAACCACCUACCAUUGAAAACAAUCCACUAAAUGAAACUAUUGUAAAUAUAAAUGAUGAAAAAAUAGCGAAACCAGAUAAUGUUAAACGAAAAGUCAUACGAAAUCCGAAAGUAGCGGGUGGUCAAGGAAAUGGUACAACUGUAACAAAUGCGAAACGUAAACCAUCGCGUGUACAAGCGAAUAAAGUGAGUCGUAAAUGUUCGAAAAUACGGAAUAAAACUAAAGCGCGUGGGCGCAGAAAAAAAUUAUUACCAAAUAAUAAUAAUUUAGAUACACAAAAGAAUAAUCAUCAUCAGACUACGACAACAAACAGUUUAGCGGUGACACGACGUAAACGUAGUGCUAGUGAAAAAUUAUAUUAUUGGUCCAGUUCAAGUGAUGACGAGUUUGAGGAUUUUAUUGAAGUGAAACCAAUACGUGAUGAUCCACCAGACGAUGAGGAUCGUCCGAUGCAUCAUGGUUGGAUUGUUGGUGAAUCGCCCAAAAAGUUAGUGACUAUGUUAGCACAAGCAAAGGGUAGUAAGAAAGUUGAUGCAGUGUAUGUGAAAGAACAGGGUAAACGUAACCGUGUUACUUUAUAACAUAGUAGUGGUCAUUUAAUUAUAGAGACAUUGAAAUUUUUGAAAAAAUAAGAAUAAAAAAAAUAUUUUGUUUUUGCGUCGAGAAAAAAUAUAAUAUUUAAUCUUAGGCUAAAAAAAUUUAAAUGUUGAAGAAUGAACCUUUUUAAGUUUAUUUACAGCCUUGGGGCUUAAACUAUUCGAUGUAAUUAAAAAUUU